CAGUUUAUCUCAUUGUUUAAUUAGAAAAAAUAUGUACUUCUUGAAGCCCUCUCCUUGUUAUCAAAUUUCGGCUAAUUUUAGUGAUUUUCUACCGUAGACACUAUCUCAUGGAUCAAUUAUAAAUUGUGCAAUAGCAAUAAGAUUUAAUAAAUUUGUUUCGUGUUUGUCCAAUAAUCGGUGAAUAUUUUUGUCUUCACCAGAUGGAAAAUAGCAAAAACCACAUAUGUCACAUGCCAAUAAGUCAUAUGCGAUAGCGCUGAUAAAUUUUAAAAUUUUACAUUUUCGGUUUCGACCGACCCACUUUAAUUCGGAAUAUUUGGAUAAGUCUGUUUUUAUUUUUGAAAACCAAGCUUCGUAAUGAUCGUCUGUCCAGGUAUAUAAGGCUUUUUUUUUAAUUUUUAAUAUUUAUUUUAUAUUUACUCGGUUGUCAGUUUUGUUUCCUAGCAAUAAAAAUGUUACCAUUUUAAAAUUACUUAUCAAUCAAAUUUGUAACACAGCGCGUUUGAACCAACUAGCGUCCAAGCAGUUGUUCUCAUCUAACAAUAGUAUCUUUUGCUUUCGGUAAACCUCCAAGCUGACAUCGCAUGUGGGUCGCCCUGGAUAAUACAAGCAGAAAUUUCUAUUCGCAAACAUUCAGACUUCACAGAGCGCUUUAAAUAUGUGUGGCAAUUCUAUUCCUGAUAUAAAUAAAUUGAUUUAAAAUAUUUUUAAAUUCGCCUUAUAAACAAAAACCAAAGAGUUGACAUUUAUUUUUAAUGGCGGAAAGCGAACGGGUUAUUUUGGACAAACCGCAUAAAUUUCGUGGAAGAAUUAUAUUUUAGAACGACCACGUGUUUGCAAAUGUGGGUCACAUCAGACCUAUCUGCCUCUUGGCGAGUUAGUUUGUAAAUUUCCUAGUAGAAUGUCAUGGGCCGGAAGAUUAAAAUUAGGUAUAUCCAGAUGACGCUCCUAUUUUUUCUGAUGGGAUUCUCUUACGCCAUCCGGACAAUCCUUUCCGUAAGCAUUGUCGCUAUGACAGGAAAUAGUACGUCCACCAAUGAGGAUAUACCAACCUUUAAUUGGUCGAAUACGGGGGUUAUACUAUCGUCAUUUUACUGGAGCUACGCCGUUAUGCAAUUCUUUAGCGGACAAAUCGGCCAUAACUUCGGUUUGAAGUACGUCCUCGCUUCAGCGAUGUUCGUGAAUUCCCUAGCGUCCGUAUUGAUACCCAUACUAAGCAUUCAUUUCGGAAGUGCUGGUAUAAUAUUCUGCAGAGUGAUUCAAGGUAUCUCCCAAGGUUUCAUCCUGCCAUUGUGCCACAAUAUGAUCGGAAAAUGGGCACCGACCGAAGAAAGGUCGUGGAUCAACACCUCGGUAUACUCUGGUUGCAGUUUCGGAACAAUAAUAUCGAUGCCGGUAACUGCAUAUCUGUCUUCCUCUGGAUGGGGCUGGCCGGCUUCGUUUUAUAUUUUCGGAGGCCUUGGUUUGGUUUGGUGUUUAUUCUGGUUGUAUUUGAGUGCCGAAAGUCCAGCGAGUCACAAAAGUAUCAGCGACGAGGAGAAGAAAUACAUAGAGAAUUCUUUAGGCCAGCGGACUGACGUUGACGAUUUGAAGAAUAUAAAAAUCCCCUGGAGAGCAAUAUUCACAUCCCUUCCGUACUGGGCCAUCAUUCUGGGUGCAGUUGGUGAGUCUUGGGGCAGUACUUUUUUGAUAACGGAAAUUCCGACGUAUCUGGAGAAAACUACCGGUUUCGACAUCGAAGCAACCGGGUGGACUUCUUCAGCGCCUUAUAUAGUAGCCUUAAUUUUCACAAUUCUCUACGGACCGAUAGCCGAUUAUCUUAUAUACAAAGGGUACACGUCCAGGAUAAAUUCGAGGAGGAUUUUUCACGGGAUAGGUUCAUUUAUUCCGGCUGGCGCCCUUAUUUGGCUAGCGUACGAAGAGUCCAGGGUGGGAAUCGCAAUUCUGCUCAUUGUGGCGAUCAGUCUGAACGGCGCGAUGUUUUGCGGGCACAACGUAAAUCAUAUUGAUAUAUCGCCCCGAUUUUCCGGAAUACUGUUCGGAUUUUCCAAUGGCAUCGGUCAAACGCUUGCUAUAUUAGCUCCCCUGCUCGUACAGUUCGUCGUCACCGACGAGACCGACAAAAGUUUGUGGAGAAUAAUGUUCAUCGUCGCAGCAGUCAUCUACGCGUCCACUGCUAUCUUCUUCAUGAUAAAUUUGUCUGCGGAGAGGCAGUGGUGGGACUCGGGCAGGGAAUCCAGAAACUCUCUAAAUCUGGUAGAAAACAAGGAGAAGGAUAAUUCGGAAAAAUGUCUGAGUUAACUGAUUGGUUAAUAUGCGAUAUUGUUAAAAUGUCUUG